GGCGGGCGAAGGCAAUCGAGCAUGAGCUCUAUAAGCGUGCCGAUGGCGGCGCUGCGUGCACUGAGCUAGCCGCUGUGCUGCAAGAGUACCGCGCUUCUUGCGAGGCGCUGUCUGUCGCCAGCUUCGAAUAUUUUUCGGCCCACGAAACCGAGCAAAAGCUCUGGGCGGCGCAUCUCAAGGUCAACACUGCCUUUCGGCAGGAGCAUAAGAUUCUCAAGCGCUCGAAGGAACAUGUCGUGGAACUGAGAAAGUUCAACAGGAACUACAUGCACUUCAUCAAGGGCAGCCAGCGCUUCUACCGCCAGUACAUCCUCAACUUUGAUGCCCAGUUCGACGCCAUACCGGAGCUGCGCAGGAUUGCCCAAAAAGUGGAAGGAUGACGCCUCGAAAAAACCACCCCGUCAGCGCAUCCCUGCCACACUUAACGACCAAGUCCUUUUAUCUUGCCACCAAACGCUCAUUCACUUGGGCGACCUGUCCCGCUACCGCGAAACCCUCGUCCCAGAGAAGGACAAAGAGCGCAACUGGGGGCCUGCCAAGGGCUACUAUGGGCUCGCCGCAGAACUAUACCCUGACUCCGGACAUGCCCAUAACCAGCUUGCCGUCGUCUCGCGCGAAGAUGGCGACCACUUCCGCACCGUCUACCACCUAUACCGUUCGCUCGCUAGCAAGCUGCCCUAUCCGGCGGCCCAGGGCAACCUUGAGACCGAGUUCAAGCGCAUAAUAGUCGCUUGGGAAAAGGGCCAGCUGAUUAACAACCAAAAGUCCUCGGACGGAGCAAAUGCUGGACGCGCAUUGAUUGCGUGGUUCGUCAGGCUGCACAGUAAGAUAUACAAAGGAGAGGAGUUUGCUGCGCACGAUGAGCUGGAGGGCGAAGUGCUCAGCCACUUGGCUAUUGAACUGAAAGAGCGUCCAUUGGACUCUAUUUUGUCCAAGAUCAUACUCGUCAAUCUGGCGGCAGAACACUUUGCGACGGUACAGAUGCAAGGCUUCUCGCUGACACAACCAGGCCCCACUCCCCCAGAGAAUAUCAUGCGCACCUACUUCAUGUACCUUCGACUGAACGUUAAGACCUUCUUUGUCCUCCUUCAGGUCCUGCAGCCAGAGCUAGAGCGACUUUCCGAGGCUGACGAUGUCACCAAGAACGGCGAUCGAGCAGCCCAGCUGUCCGAUAAGAUCACUGCCGUUGCCCGCCGCACUCUUCCGGGACUUCGAACUCUGGAAGGCAUACGCAGCAACUCUUUCACACUUCUAGCUUCCAGCUUUCCAGUCGACCAAUUGCCUGAAGAGGACUAUAUGCUCGAAGAAGAUACCGAUACGAUUGGAUUCCAACCACUUGUCUCACCUAACACAAUGAAGGUGUGGUACAACGGCGAAAACAUGAAGCAAAAGUGGACCGACCUGGAGCGCAACCACCCCAACGUUGAGAUGCUUAUGCGGGUGAAGGAUCUGCUGAUCGAUGGACUGCUGCUUACUCAGACCGCCGAUGCUCCUCUUGACUUGGACGGCUCGCGGUUCAUCUACCGGGAAGAAGGCUUGCCGUCCGAGCUGUUGGCAAGUCCAAGCCAUCCUCCUGACUCAUCCCCGGUGCUUCCUAUGCAGGCCGUCGAUCUGCCCUUGUUUCCUCCACAAGCGCCUGCCGCGGAGGAUCAAAAGUCUCAAAGUGUUGCUGCAGGCUCAGAAUCUGCGUCGACCACGAUCGCCAAGGAGUCGGCCAUGCACCGCAUGGUGGACGAUCUUGUUGGGCCUGAUGAUGGCCUUGAUCCAUUGCCCGAGGAAGACGAGGACAUGCCACCCACCCCUCCAGAGCAGACUUUUGCAGACACAGCCGUGGUCAAUGAUGGUACCUAUGCGUCAGCCUCGCUCUCUAUUAGCGAUCUAGUUAACUCCGUCAAGAACUAUAAGCCGCUGUCGCCUGCACCUGGGACUGCAUUUCUCUCAACACCAAUGGGUAGAUCAGGCUCUACUUCAUCCAUUCGCCAGCCCGUUAAUCUUCCCUCCGUACCUGAUGGACAGUGGAGCAACGGCUCAAUCUGGAGCCGCAACUACAGUGGUACACCAGGUCCCUCGUCUCCACUGAUGCCCAGUUGCAACGGUGCUGGAAGCGAAUUCGGCAGGUCACCCCUUACCGGCAACGGCCUUGGGCAUGUCCGCCAGGGCUCGUCGAACUCUUUGCUCGGCGCCGAAGUCACGCCUUCCGGAGUCAGGGCACCCCGGCCAAUCAGCGGAGGUCUCGGAUCAGGCGCAGCUUGGGGGAACCCAAGCAGCGCAAGCCCAACCUACUGGGGCUCCGUCUACGGUAAUGGCUUCGGCGGAACGUACAACGGCAACCAGAAUGGCAUCAACAACGAUGUCAACAUGGCGAGCCCUUUGUUGUUCAGCUCGUACCAGGACAAGGCGAACAGUUCUUGGGGACGUACGCCGCCCAAUGGGCAGGGUGGUUGAUCGCACAAGGCACAACCUUGCGAGGUUGCUCUCUCCUACGCCAACCUAACUUGCUUACACUGUCGCUCGACUUCUGCCGUGUUUACCCGCUGCGACUCCGAGCCAGUCGACCGGAACAGAGUCUUGACUUUGCACCUGCGCCGAGCUUGAGCAGCUGGGUCACAUGCCUUGUUCACUGACUGUCUCUCGACGAAGCUCGUGUCUAGCUUGGUGCUCAUUCACACGUGUUCCAAGCCUAUCACGCGCACAAUUGCUUCUCGCCAGUAUCGCCAACCUGCUAUGCCACACGGGCGCUCAACUGCACGACAAAGGAACAACGGCACAAAUUGUAUGUCCAUUGGCACUUUGCUAUCUUGGAUUUUGCUUCAGAUCGGACGUCUCAUCGAAGCGUUCGUUGGCUAGCAGUGUGCCUUCACAUUGGCCGACGGGCACUAGAUGGGAUGUAUAGGGUUGCUUUACAGUAUCAAUUCAAUUGGAGUUCCGCGAAUUCAG